GUAAAUUUGACAUCCUCCCUCCUUUUUUGUUCUAGCUUUCAGCGUCCGUCUCUCCAUCUCCCCUUGUUCCCCCCUCCUCCCCUCUUCUCCCUCCGCAUUGCCGGUCGGUGAAUAUUACGGAAAAUUUUUAUUUUCCGAUAACAAUCCCGACCUGCUAUUGGUUUCAUAUUUUUCCCUCGAAAAUUUCCAACUCUCACAAUUAGUUACAUUUCUUUCCUCCAGACUCUUGAUUUCAAAUUCCUCAUGGUCCAAUUUGCUGAAAAUUAAUUUUCUCGGUUUUGAUUGAGGCCGUGUUCAUCAAAUUUUAAUUUCCUGAUUGAAAUCUUCGUUGUCCUUUGCCAUCGAGACAAGGUUGUUUAAUCUCUUGUUCCGGUGGUUGGUUGCAGGAAUUUGGAGUGAAAUAGAUUGAGAAUUGCGUGUGAAUUAUACGUGAAGAUGGCUAAUCAAGGCGGAUCUUCGAGGAAAAGUCUGUCUUUGCCAAAUUCAGCUUCUAUGCUUGCCAGGAAGAAAUCAUUUGAGAUUGGUGGAGCCCCAGAUUCGGCACGAAAAUCUUUCUCUCGGGCCGGGGGACUAACUGGUGAGCGUACAGUAAAACGAUUGCGUCUCACAAAGGCCCUGACAGUACCUGAAACCACAAGUAUUUAUGAUGCUUGCCGUCGUAUGGCCGCUCGAAGAGUUGAUGCCUUGUUGCUAACAGAUUCAAAUGCUUUACUUUGUGGAAUCCUUACAGACAAGGAUAUAGCAACAAGAGUUAUUGCUGCUGAGAUGAAUCUUGAGGAGACACCUGUUUCCAAGGUUAUGACAAGGAACCCAGUGUUUGUUCUUUCUGACACUCUUGCAGCAGAAGCCUUACAGAAGAUGGUUCAAGGAAAAUUCAGACAUUUGCCUGUUGUGGAAAAUGGUGAGGUCAUUGCUUUGCUUGAUAUAGCAAAGUGUUUAUAUGAUGCUAUUGCUCGUAUGGAAAGGGCAGCUGAGAAAGGAAAGGCUAUUGCUGCAGCAGUUGAAGGCGUAGAAAAAAAUUGGGGGGCAUCUUUUUCUGGACCUAAUUCAGUCGUUGAGACACUUCGAGAUCGGAUGUUUAGGCCGUCUUUAUCUACAAUACUUCCGGAGAAUUCAAAGGUUGUAACAGUUUCACCAACUGAAACAGUUUUGGCAGCGACAAAGAAGAUGCUUGAAUUUCGGUCGAGCUCUGCGGUGGUGAUUGUUGAUCACAAACCUCGGGGAAUUUUGACUCCUAAGGAUAUCCUAAUGCGGGUAAUAGCACAAAAUCUCCCCCCAGAUUCCACUGUUGUGGAGAAGGUCAUGACUCUGAACCCUGAAUGUGCAACUAUUGAUACGCCAAUUGUUGAUGCCCUGCAUACCAUGCAUAAUAGGAAAUUUUUGCACCUUCCAGUGGUAGAUAGAAAUGGGAAUAUAGUUGCUGUGGUUGACGUGAUUCAUAUUACUCAUGCAGCAGUCGCUACAGUUGGAAGUACUGCUGGAGCAAAUAAUGAGGCAGCAAGCACAAUGAUGCAAAAGUUUUGGGAUUCUGCAAUGGCUUUAAGUCCCAACGAGGAUGAUGAGGAUACAAGGAGUGAAGCUUCUCUGAAAUUGCUUUCUGAAGGAGGAGAGACAGGAAGAUCUCUGCCCUAUCCUUCAUUAGGAUUGCCAAAUACAUAUGGUUUCAAAAUUGAAGACAAGAGAGGGCGAAUGCACAGAUUUACGUGCGAUACUCGGAGUUUGACAAAUCUAAUAACUGCAAUACUACAGAGAUUAGGAGAUGACAUUGAUCGAUACAAUUUGCCUCAAAUUUUGUAUGAAGAUGAAGACCGUGAUAAAGUUGUUCUGGAGUCAGAUAGCGACCUCGUAGCAGCCAUUGAUCAUGCAAAAUUAGUUGGGUUCAAGAGUCUAAGAUUGCAUUUAGACUAUUCUGGAGUACGUAGCCGUCGGUUGAGUUCAACUUCGGGAGAUAUGUAUUAUGCUUAUCCAGAUGCAUGGGCUGCAGCUUACAGUGCCGUUGCAGCAGGUGCGGCUCUGGUUGCUGGGUUAGGUGUACUAGCAUACUUACGGAGAUCUGGUCAAUGA